UCCCCUGCAGCUCCCGCCUGUCCUGCCUGCCUCCCUCUCUCCGCCCACACUGCUGGGGCCAGGCCUGGGACGCCGGCUCGGCUCCAGGAGGAUGGCCGCUCUGCGCGCACUGUGGGUGGGGCUGGUCCUGCUGGGGGUCCUGGGGGUCCCGCAGACCCGGGCCGAGGCCCAGGUAUCCCUGCAGCCCAACUUCCAACAGGACAAGUUCCUGGGCCGCUGGUUCACCGCGGGCCUCGCCUCCAACUCGAGCUGGUUCCAAGAGAAAAAGGCAGCCCUGUCCAUGUGCACGUCGCUGGUGGCGCCGACCGCGGACGGCGGACUCAACCUCACCGUCACCUUCCUGAGGAAGGACCAGUGUGAGACUCGGACUCUGCUGCUGCGGCCCGCGGGCCUCCCGGGCUGCUACAGCUACACCAGCCAGCACUGGGGCAGCGUGAACGACGUGCGGGUGCUGGAGACGGACUACGGGGAGUACGCCCUGCUGCGCACCGCCGGCACCAAGGGCCCCGGCCAGGACUUCCACAUGGCCACCCUCUACAGCCGCACCCAGACCCCCCGUGCGGAAGUGAAGGACAAGUUCACGGCCUUCGCCAAGGCCCAGGGCUUCACGGACGACGCCAUCGUCUUCCUGCCCCAGACCGAUAAGUGCGUGGAAGGACACCAGUAGGUGUCCACCCUCAGGACCCGGCCGCCCCGCCCUGCUCUGCUGUCCUCCGAGACCCCCGGGACCCCAGCCCUGGCUCCUCCGGCCACCCCCUCCGCCCGCUCGGCUCUGCCCUGCCUCUGAGAAUAAAGCCCCGAAGCAAGUCA